GGUUAUUGUUUUCUCAUACCAUUCCUUGAAUCAAAUAGCUAUUAACAUUUCUUCCUCUCUUCCUUUUCCUAUUUGUGAAAACCAAUUAACCAAGAUAGUUCCAUUUUCCUAAAGAACUUUCUUAUACAAUUUUUCUAAAUUAAGCUCAUCUUGUUCUUGAAAUGGGAUCAACUUGGACUCCAAGGCAAAACAAACAAUUUGAAAGAGCUUUGGCUAUAUAUGAUAGAGAAUCUCCAGAUAAGUGGCAGAAUGUUGCCAACAUGGUGGGAAAAUCAGUUGAAGAUGUUAAAAGGCAUUAUGAAAUCCUCAAAGAAGAUGUUAGGCGCAUUGAGCAUGGUCAAGUUGCAUUCCCUUACAGAACAAAUAAUGCUAAUAACUGAGGCCAUGGUCUUGAAUAACAAACAAAAGGUUCUCAAUCCAGAAUUCAACAAAAUUGAAGACUCAAUUAUCCACAGUUAAUUAAUAAGUAAAAUAAAUGAAAAGUAGUACUAUCAACUCAAGUAUCAGCAGCAGUGAACAGAAUAUUAGACCAACUGCAGUGCAAGCUACCAAUUAUGUCCAUGUAUUUACAAUUUUUUUUUUCUUCCUUGAAGUGAUGUACUUACAAAUUAAACUUGUGUGUAAACCAGUAUUAAUUUAUCUAUAACUAAUGAAGAAUGAUUUAUUUGUC